GCGAACUCAUACCGCCGAUAUCCUCUUCUUCUCCUAACCCUAAGGCCCUUGAGCUUGUUUUACAGAAAACGAAACCCACUGGGCUUCGAAAAGCAUCUGCAACCGAAAUGUCGGACCCUCAGAACUGGGCUUGCCACGCCUGCGGCAACGUGGGCCUAGACGACGGCUCUGACGGCUUCUUCUACUGCGUUCGCUGCGGUGCCCGAGCCGACGACAUCGUCGACACCGGCGUCGCCGAUGAGGACUUCAUCGACAAGGGCGGCGAUGCUGGUGGCGCAAUCUACUUAGCCAGCUACAGUCGGCGCCGCAAUCGUUCCGCCAUCAAGGCUGAGCCGAUCUCCCAGUCCCAGUCCCUCUACGAUACCACAAACUCCCUUUCAUUCUGGAACACCCUAAACCAAGCUGGCGAAGCCACCCCUAACCCACAGCACCCAGUUAAGAAAGAGGACUACGACGACGGGGUGGGGCCCUCGGGACCCGAGGAUUUUGGGAAUUCUUCAGGGAAGGGUGUUGGUCCGAGCUUUGAGGAUUAUUACAACGAGAUAAGGAUCAGGUACGUGAUGGGUGUGCAGCUAAUGAUUCAGUUCCAGUGCGAGGCGUUGGUAAGGGAAUUCAAGGUGAGCCCCUUGAUUUGUGGGCUUGCUGGGACCCUCUGGAUGAGGUUCGUGGCUAGCACUGGGGUCUUUGACGACGACUGGGCCGACCACGCCAUUCAGGACUCCGAAACGCAGCCACCAGAAGAACCAGAAGAUUACAAGCCGCGUGCCAAAUACAGCACAGAACCUCAUAAUAUGUACGGUCAGCGAGCAGUAAUGAUCUGGUAUAGAUCCUUGAGGAAGAAGAUACCAUUAUAUUGUUCUUUAGCUGUUUCGCUUCUGGCUUGUCAUACUGCCAGGGAAGCAAUCCUGCCGACGGACAUGGUGAAGUGGUCACUUGAAGGGAGGCUUCCUUUUUUUGCUGCCUUUGUUCAAAUUGAAAAAAGCAUUGGACGGCCAUCAAGCGCCUGCCCAGUAAAUUCAAAUAUUAUGUUUAGACCUUCUCAAGCUCUUCCAUUUCAGAAGUUGGAAUCGAUGGCAGCAUCAAUUGCUCAGUCCAUAGGCUUGAAUUUACCUCCAGUCAACUUUUAUGCAAUAGCUUCCCGCUAUCUCCAGAAGUUAUGUCUUCCAAUAGAAAAGAUCCUCCCUCAUGCAUGCCGCAUACAUGACUGGUCAAUGUCUCCAGAUUUAUGGUUAUCAACAAAUGAGUUGAGGCUUCCCACUCGUGUUUGUGUGAUGUCAAUACUGAUUGUUGCAAUACGAAUUCUAUAUAACAUACAUGGUUUUGGAGAAUGGGAAAAGAGUUUGUCUAGUAAUGAUGGUUCCUCCACAUCCAACCCGAUAGAAAAAUUGGACACAACAGGUGAUUCCGAUAUGGGGGAUGAUGCUAGUAAGGUAUCUGGUUCUCCUUUUCAAAAUGUGGAUGAUUCAACUCCAACUUUUAAUAGAAACUUGCCUAAAGUUCAGAUGUCUGAGUUGGAUGCUGCAGAGCUUCUGCGCAAGCUUGAAGCAAGAUAUAAUGAGAUCUCUGACACCUAUGAGUAUUCCAAGGACUUACCAACAUAUCUCCAGUACUGUAAAGAUGUGGUUUUUGCUGGAUUAGAACCUUCAUUUGAGAAUCACGAGGAAGAGAAGCUAAUUGAAGAAUUUUGGGAUUUUUAUCAGAAUGAGAAGGAUUCUGAACCGUCAGAAGAUUUCAAAGAGGGACAAAAUAUUGCUUUUAACCAAAAGAGUUCAAGGGAUGAAGAAUGGGUUAGCUAUUUGUCUAAAGAUAACAAGAACAUGAGAGAUGAAGCAUAUGUUGGCGCCACAUCCUCGGAUGACGGAACUUACCACGUGGAUGGCUCUCAGCCGGUCUUGGAUGGUCAUGAUAAUUCUCCUCAGAGUGAAGAGGGUGAUCAAAACUCGGAACACAGCGAUCAAGCUUUAGCUGAAACACUGAAAAGUGAAGCCAUCAAACGUCUGAAAUUAGACAUGGAGGAGAAUAGGUUCUGUUACAUUCCACCAAGGGUCAAUGUGAAAAGAUUUGAUUACCUUCACUAUGUGAGGAAGAAGGACGAGGGAGCCUUUACUUACGUCGCUCAUGCGGAUUAUUACAUACUGCUUCGUGCUUGUGCAAGGGUUGCGCAAGUUGACAUUCGGAUUAUGCACAUUGGGGUUUUGAGUCUUGAGAGGAGACUGGCUUGGUUGGAAAAUAGAAUCGACCAUUGCUUGCACUUGACGCCACCUAAUGUUUCUUGCGAGUUCUGUAGUGAUGUUGCAUCAGAACAUGCUGAUGAUGAUCCCAUUGGCUUUUCAAACUUGAAUAUUUAAGAUUUUUACAACUUCGUUAAUUA